UAAUAUUCAUUUCAGUAUUACUUCCAACACCAAAUACGACUAGUAAAUUGUUAUUGAAAAAAUCUCUGUAUUUUACCCGUAUUGUGUUGUACGUGUGUGUAAUAGGAUGUCCGCUGAUUACUGAAAUGUCAUUGGCCUACGCUUAUUUCAAAUAUUUGAUUGAUAGGGAAAACUAUCAGUGUUUGAUUCACUACUUUUCAGGUUUAGCAGAUCAGAUGGUCAUUUUGGACGAACCCAAACGUUGGGACGAGAUGGCGUGUGCUAGUGGGGAAGCAGGCUUCAGAAAUGACAUCGUCGUUGAAGCCCACUCGGAUGUAAAAACAGAUAAAGAAGAACAUAACAACAAAGACAAGUGCCUCAAAUGUGCUAAAGCUUUCUUCGUGAUCCUGGGCAUGUUAGCUGUGAUAGCAGCGGUGGCCCUAAUAAUUGUCUCAGUAAUAUCUUCAAUAGCGACGAAGGCUUAUGAUUCAGACCAGUCCAGCCGGAUGGUUUCCAUGGUACUGUUGGCUGUGUCAGCUGCUGUGACCAUAUGCGCCAUCAUUUAUGGCGAAGUGUCUGUUUUUAGGAAUCGGCCCAGACCUAUACUUGUGGCCGCAGUGGUCCUACUUCUCCUAGCGAUAGUACAAGCUCUGAUAGCCGGCAUAUCCGUGACUGUGGAACCGUCUGACGAGGCCAAGCUCAUGAGGUCCCUGACAGAGUCCUUCAGACAGGCGAAGGAGGACAACAUGAGGCAUGCCAAGAUUUGGGCUAUGACGCAGUCCGAUCUAAAUUGUUGUGGAGUAUACGGUCCAGAAGACUACCGGGUCUCAACAUUACCAUACUACUUCCCUCCAAAUGUGCCGAUAUCGUGCUGCACAUCAUACGACUCCUCACGGUCAGACCUGGUGCAGGAAAGAGAUAGAGAGCUAUGUAAAGUGAAGAAGACUUACUUCAUGACUGGCUGCAAAGAAUUAGUGCUGACGGUGUUUAAAGAGACAUCGUCUAUGGUGUUCUCUAUGGCUGUUAUACUUAUUGUUUUGGAGGCGUUACUUCUAAUCUUAGGUGCCGUUAUAUACCAAAAACAGAGCACGAAAUCAUUUAAGUGACUGUUGUUUUGCACAAUAAACGUUAUUUUAAUAUGUAGAAUAACCAAAAAGCAACGAAAACAAACUAUCGCCGAGCAGCCAUUGAGAUCUCACUUUAGUUUUAAAUUUAUCUAAAGGACAUACUAGAUGGCGUUGUACGCAUAAAUGCUAAGCGACCUUCGUAAACUGUUCAAAAUCUGUUGUAAAUAAUAUUGACGACUUACAAUUUAGUACAUAAAUAGAAUAGAUUUUUGUACUCACGUUAAUUUUAUUUCUUGUUUUAAUGUUACAUUAUUAAUUGUUUUUAGUCUAACAGUUAACAGUCUUUGCAUAGCUACGAAUAAGUGAAUAACACAGCGUUUAUUUUAAGAAACGACUAAAUAAAUAGUAUUUGUAUGC